ACUGAGUACAAGUACUGCUAUGACCUAGUUCUUCACUACGUGCUGCAUUAUCUGAACAAGGAUAUGAAUGAAAAGAAGUGAGAAAGCGAGUUGAGGGACGAGCUGUGGUUCAUCGAGUUCGGGCGUGGAGCAGCUCUGCCUUUGACGCCCGAGGAGGCGCCAACCGAUGGUGAGCCAAUAGUUCCAUGCGCCCAGGGUCGCAUUGUCAUUGAAACAACUCAUUCGGCGCCGCCCCACUUUGCCCAGUGCUUAAAGUACCGGCAUGCCAUUAUUGUUGAUGAAGAAUCACCACGUGUAUCUACAUCAUCGCCGGGUUCUUAUCCGCCGGACGUGAGUCGUGGUGCUGCAUCGAAAAUUUUUUAUCACCGUCAACACUCGAUAAUGCCUCAGAGUCCAGCGACUAGACCAGAGGAUCUGCGGGUAACGCCCUGGUAUGGUGAUGAGUCGGCAAUAGAUUGUGUUACACCAGGGCCCAGUGACCAGUGCUCGUAUCCCUCAUCAUCAUUUAUCCGUAAUGGUAGGCAAAUUGUGGGAGGUACAAUUGAUUUGAAUUCAACGAGAGGCAGUAGUGCAGAUAGUGAAACGUCUAUUCCUAAAGCAUCUGUACCUAGAAAAGCGUACAUGGAUCUGAGUGAUGCUAUGGCACUACUUGAUGAGACUUGUCCCAAUCCCGAUGCCAGUCCCUCACUCACGCCCAGAACACCCAGAACUCCUCUAACUCCACAUCCCAGAAAUAAACGGGCUCGAUCAAAGAGCAGUGACAAUUCCUCGAAUUACAGUAGUGAUCGAUUGAGUGAGCGAGCGUCGGAUUCGAGUAAGGAGAGGGAGAGGCGUCGUCCAUUUUUGAAGAAAAUUGGAAUAUCAAAAACAGAGGAUCGACCGUUUCUUUCUAAAAUAGCGCCUAGAAUUGUGGGUAAGCCUUAUCUAGAGAAAAUUGGACCGAGCAAAGCUGUUGAAAAGCCAUUCUUGGAUAAAAUUGGCUCUUCUAAAACUCUUGAUAAAUUCUCCUUUGAUGCGAUCAGAGAUUUGCCGAGAGCUAUGAUGAAAAGAACUCAUACAACAACUGUUGAGCCAGCACCUAUUCAGAGAACUCGGAUAGAGGAGUCCAAGGAUUCGGUGUUGGUUGUUGAAGAAGAAACAGAGCAGCCUGAUGUCAAUCAUGUUGGGGUGGAGAGAAAACGCAGUGGUAAAGGUCUUUUGUUGAAAAUGUAUUCGUUUGAGACUGAGGAUUUGGAUGAGGAUGCACUCAAUACUGAAAAAGUACGGAGAGAUGGACUUCGUGGGGCAUCACUCGAUGAUGUUUUGAAUUCUGGUCCGAGCUCGUUGCCACCACUUGAGGAUGUUGAGGAGCUCGCUAGUCCGAAAUUCGAGACGACUUUCACUAGCUCUGCGGAGCUUGUUAAAUGUCGAGUGACCACUAGCGCAGAAAUUGUUUCGUCGAGUACUGGACAUCUUAAUUCACCGGUCAGGGGAGCAGUCAGUUGGAGUAAUUCUCCAAGAUGGCCACAACAGCCACCAGUAUCCAGAACCUUGGAAAGAGAGUUCACCUCGAGAGCAGUACUUCAGAGUGAUGGAGAGAGUAUACCCAAUUCUCCAGCAAGGUGGAGAGACUCCAAAGUCUCACCACAAUCGCAGAUACCGGUUCGGGGUAUUCCAAGGAAGACGAAAAACUCUACGUUAUCUGGGGAUCUCGAGGCUUCACCGACUAAAACGAGAAGACAAGUGUUGGAGGAGCCGCUCAAGUCGGUGAUGACUAGUCCAGAGUUUGGUAUUGAGGGAAUGAAUACAUCAACUGAUGAUGUGAAUAGAGCAGCGAGUGAAGAACUGCUGACGUCCAUCGAUAGGAGACAGAUUUUUCAAGAGAGUAUCGAGAAAUUCGGUGGCUCUGAUUACAUGACAUCGAGAACGCGGAGGCAAGUGUCCGAAGAUAUUCUUGAUAAGUCCGAUGACAAGAACGGAGACUUUGAGAGAUAUAACGACCAUAGACGAGGCAUUUCCUCGGAUAAUCUUCGAUAUUCACGAGAGACUAUUGUUGGCUCCGCACCAUCGGCGUCUUCACUUGGAUAUCAGAGUGGUGACUCUUCAUUCAUCAGUCAAAGGUCUUCGAACAACAGUCAGGACAUGCUACGAGGGGCAUUCAAGCAUCUCCACGAGAAAUUUGAACUUCAGGAAGUGCCACCAGAGAGUUACGCAGCUUUUAAAAUUCGAUCACGAGCUAAUUAUCAGACAGCCGAGAGGCAGAAGUUAGUUGCCAAGGAAACAACGAUUGGACCGACCAUUCAAGUUGGGAAAGUCUAUGAUAUAAAGUACAAAGAUUGUGGUAGUCAAGAAGUUAUGGAGAAUUCACCAUCCGAAAGGGAUAAUAGAGAGAAAGAGAGUAAGAAAGAGAAUGUUUCACGAAGUGGAACUGUCAAGUCAGUCCUCCGUAAGCAAGAGAGAGUGGAUCACGGUAACGAUCAAGAAGUGGAUUUGGCGGGGUCAGUGAGACGUCCAAUGAGGCGAAUAUUCCACGAGCCUUCCCAAGAGACAAUGGACCUACUGACAGAAUUGAAGAAAGUAAAGAGCUUAUUAAGAACCCCAUCGGAAGAGGGGAAAGACUGGGAAUUGGAUUUUCUGAAGCCAGCUCGAAUGCCUAAGAAAAUUUCACUGACUGAUAAAGAAUUUUGUCUGUCAGUGGAGCGUGAGAACAGCAUACGAAGGCCAUCGGUCUUGAAAAUUCAAGAAGGUAAUGGCAAAGUGGAUAGUCAUGAUCAAAAGGAGGUGUUGAAAAAAGAGGAAAUUGGUCCAGCCUUGUUUGAGAAGAGAUGUAUGUCCCUGGAUUACGCUGAUGACGUGAAACUACCGAAACCAGAGGCGCGAACUAUAUCUCUAGCUUCAGCUAGAAGAUUCGGAACAGAGGAGACACUCGACUCGUCGGAUCCGUGUAUUCUGUACGACUCCAAGAGCUGUCUCUCAGACGUAUUUACAACACCCACUGAUGACGGUGAAGAAAAAGUAGUCGAGAUCAAGCAAGUAGCCAAAGCCACUAACAACCACUUCCAGGAUGUCGACAUUGCCAUUCCCAUUGAUCAGACAAGCUCGAUCAGUCCGAAGAAGAGAGUCCAGAUUCAGGGGAGAACUAGUGAUCUCUAUGAAAUCAUCUCGCCAAGGUCUACUCCGUUCCGAGUUAAGAAACGACUUGGAAGAAUUUCAGUCGAGGAGACAGUUAAACCUGAAAGUUUUACACUGGAUAAAGUUGAUUGCAGGUCCGUUGCGACCCAGAAAAGGACCAAGUGCUUCCCCUUGUAACCCACGCCGUUGGGCCUGCGAUCGGCGGGGAAAUCGCUCUUUCAAACCACAAACGCGGGCUCCUUGGACCAUUUUUGUAUUUUCCUACGGUAUUAUGGAAAUUACCACGUUUCUUCGUUUUUGUAUUUUGCUCCAAUGCGGCGGGUUCUUUCUUUCGUCUUUCUCUGGCUGCUUAUUAAAAAUUGGCCGAUUGUUUUGGAGGGAGACUUUGUUAGCUUCUGCUCGAAUGCAGAAGCCAUUUUUAAUUGUAAAGAAUCAUUCUGAAAGGGAUUAUUCGAUGUACAUAAGUAUGUUCGUUAGGAUAUUACGUUACACUGAAAGUACACUUUGUGUUUUAUAUAUUCUAUAUAGCAAUUGAUGUUGCUUGUAUGUUAGUGCGAGAAAUUUAUAUUCUAACGAGAGAAAUAAUUAUUCGAUAUCGAGCUGGCGAUAACUCGGGCUUUUAUUUCCAACUAUUGAAAUUACGCGACAAACCCACCAAAUUCGAUUAACUGUACUCUAUUAUACUUAUGUAACAACUAAGACGAGCACUUUUUUAUAGAGAAAGAAUUUAAUAACUGAGAAUAACUUGAGAAUGAGCAGAUAAUUGAGAGAUCCAGAUGAUUUACUCACGUCAUCAUUCGUUUUACGAGACGCUAAUAAAUCAGUCCGUCUAGAAUUAACAAAUUAAGAAGUGUCUCGUUGGUUUCUCAACGUUCGAUUCUCCGCCAAUUUUUUCAAAUACAUCACGUUGGUAUUUAUAAAUCGGUAAUAUCCAACAUUGGGAAACCUUUCUUUACGAGCAGUGCCUUGUUCAUGGAUAUAUUUAUUUAAAAGAAAAACAAAUUAUAACUAAACACGUUACUGAAUUCCGGAAGCGGGCCGGAUUUUCCGAAAGGGUCCAUGGAGUUGCGAUCUCUAUUCUAAAUUUUUUUCCUCUUUUCGAUGCAAUGGACUCUCGAUAUUUGCAGCAUUAUCCACGACUGAAGGAUAACGAUUCGUUAAAGUCUGUUGCUUUCUAGAGAAAGUGAGAGUUGGAUGAUUUUAUUUUCGAAAUAAAAUCAGCGAUGCUGAGAUUCUACGGACGAAAGGAUACGAUAAACCAAUGGAGAAAUCUCUCAAGCGUCGUGAAUGGAAUUAAGGAAGGAUUCGGCAACUUAUCGAGAUUCCACUGUAAUAAAAAAAACCUAGAAUUCAACGAUAUCACGGCUUUCAGAGAAUUCUCGGUUUUUUACCUUUCGAGGUCUCAACUCCGACACAGAUGCGUCCGCCUGCCAAGCCUUUUUCCGUUCGGAGAGGCACGUGAUGAUUUAAAAUGCAACCUAAAACAUAAAUAAAUGAGGAGAAAUAAAGAAGCACUAUCGCUGAUGAUUAAUGAUAUAUUUAAAAAAUCUUAUUAUUAAUAAGUUCCUCUCGUAAUUCGUCUGGAUGUUUAAGUAGGGGAUGCGCCAUUGGAUAAACUUAAUAUACGGAAAGUAAAUGGAAAUGUAGAUAUUAUAAAUAUUAAUAGAUCAAUAUAUAUGGAGAAAAGUUAUAUGAAACAUUGUUACGGUGGCCGAAUAUUUGUAUGUAUCUUUUAAGUACGUGAAUAAGUGAUAUAUGGUAAUUGUUUACGCGAACGUGCCAAUUCGCUGUGACUGUUAUGUUGGAGAUAAGAAAAGUGCGGUGCAUUAUUGUGAAAAUAGGGACUAGAAUCUUCGCGUUGACGAUACAUUGUGCCAAAUGAAUCACAAAUAUGAGCUAGUUUCGUUCUAUUCUGUAUGUUGGAGAUUAUAUUCACGAAUAUAGGUGUGAUCUAUCGCAUAAGCAAUCGGGUAUGUGAAGGGAUCCUUGACAACGUCCUCGGGGAAUUUGGAAGCGUUCACCAAAGGCGAUCAUCUGUCGAGAAAAUUCAUAACCGAACGUUCUAAUUGGGGGUAUGUGAACAACUUUGUACACCCGGAAUGAGUGAACUACGUUUUAUAAACUGUGUGAUGAGUAAUUAUGAACAAAUGAUAAUGAAAUAAAAAAAUGUUGGUAUACACUGUUGUAAAUAAUAAAUAGAUUGUACGUUGUA